CCCACAGAGAGUUCAGUUGAUCGCGUGAUCUCCUCUCGAGUGGUUGUGUUUUUAAAGCGAUGAAGCUGUUUCUGUUGAUCUCUCUGUGCUGUGUAACUGGCUCGCUGGCCGGAAUCUGCCAAGAUGCGUUCAAGCACUCGAGUGAUCUUUCGCGGCCCUUCUUCCAGGUCGUCGAAGGGCAGGCCAUCGAGAUCUACUAUCAAAAGCGGGCCAACCAGGAGAUGUUCGGUAUCAAAAUCUACAAGAAUCAAGAUAUGCGCAAGAAAGAUCUUCACUGUGACCUGUGUGUGAACGCGACCCAGGUCGAGGACGGGUGCUUCAAGAUCAAGAGCACUGCGCUCCCCGUUGGACCGAGGGAUGUUCUGAAGUACAUUACGAUGUCCAAAUACACCGGAAAGCCCGAGGUCAAGGUUGCUCCAACGCGGACAGCGGAAUUCACCGAUUACGUAAUCCCCGCAUCUUGCGUCUGCAAGAGCCCACCCGGGCCCGGCUACUGCGGGAAGGCGUCCGACAAAAUCACCGAUUACCGGCCGCUGUUUGUGUUCCACGAGGGUGCCACCUCGGCUGCGUACCUCCCGAAAGCACCCUCAACCGCGGAGGUUGGCCUUCAGGCGCUGAAGAAUGCCAAUUUCCUGCCCGCGAAGCAGCAAAAGGUUCCCCAGAAACUGGAUUUCAACGUUGAGAAGCUGAGCGAGCGCGACGGGUGCUACGCGCUGGACUUGAACGAGCCGCGCUUUGCCCUCGGGGAUCACAUCAACUUUGUUGUGACCGGAAAGAAAACCGACGGCAAGAAGAUUCGGACCGACCCGCGGAAGGCGUAUCUGAACAAUUACUUCAUCCCAUCAACCUGCACCUGCCAGCAGCUGCCUCAACAGAACCUGGUCAAACCGACACCGGCACCGGCACCGGCAAAGCUGCCCAAAAACUAAACGCAACUCAACAGUUGGCCAACGUCGGAUUAAACUCACUUUUUUUUAUCAGUUUGCUUUUAAAGAGUUGACUUUGCAUUCUUAGUGAGGUGCGGUCUGGUUUAAUGUUCAACAGUGAGAAGAAAACAAUAAAUUCCUUCGUCCUUCAAGUUGGUCAGAUAAGCGGA